GUGUUAUUUAUUAUUUAUUUAUAUUUUUGUUGUUGUAGCAACAAUGUAAGAAGACACAGACACUCUCCAAAAGCUCGACCCAAUUUGCCACGCUUCGCUCUUCCCAAAGUGACUUCAUUUGUGUUUUAGUAGAUCCAGCGACGACGUGCUAUAAAUAGCUGCAACUCGACUUGCCAUUGAAAUAGUCGCUGGAAAAUGGUUUUGGGCAGAACUUGGAUUAUAUUGGGGCUUAUUGGGAGCAUCGCCUGUCUGGCCAGCGGUGUGCCUCAAUUUCUGGACGCCGAGGAUGAUGCUUUCCUGUACGACGACAGUCUGAGCGAUGUGGGAAGCAGCAAUGGCCAGAAGUUCGCUUCCUCCGCGACUACGAUCACGGAGAACGGCCACACCUUAAUCUAUGGCACGGGCGAUAGCAACAAACUCACCUACAAUGGGCAUCGAAUCCUCGUGGACGAUGGCAGCCUCACGCUCUUGGAAGGCGACAAACCUUACGCGUUCUUCCCGCUGGGGGCCAGUGUGGAGAAGCGGAAGUCAAUCAAAAUUAGUGGCCAUCCAGCCACAGUGCAGUUCUCGCGGGGCAAUGUGUUUCUGUAUCUGUCCGAUGGGUCGGUGGUGGCCAAGAUCGGCAGUGCCUACUUUGUGGGAGAUCGCUAUGCGGUGGAGCAUCGCGACGCGAUGAUACACAGGGGCAAUCUCUAGAAAAAGACUCAAGUCAACUGAAAAGUGACUCAAAUAAAUUAAACCCAUUGCCCCCUCGAGUCGUGGCCGUCAUAAAAAUGCUAAAUAUUUACUGUGAAAAUACAAUUGGGUUUUCCCGCUGAGCGCGGCAGGUGGAAACUAUUU